GCUAGCAUUACAUGAAAUCCGUGUUUUUUGAACAGCCCUUGCUUCCAUUGGCAAUCCAGGCCUCUACCUGCACGAACGAUCCUCUUCUCGGUUUGACCGAGAAUUUUGUCUUCAAUAAAGAGUGUGGGCCUAUUUUCAAGGGGCAUCAAGGCGCCACUUCUGACGCAGAGGAAGGUCGAGUUUCUAAGAAGGCCAAGAGGAGGGAUCCUAAAGAAAAAACUAAGGUGAAGGCCAAGAAGAGGCCUCGUGACGCAGAGGAAGAUCGAGUUUCUGAGAAGGCCAAGAGGGAUCCUGAAGAAAAAACAGGUGCCUCUUCAGAGGUGAAGGCCAAGAAGAGGUCUAAGAAGGCCAAGAGGGAUCCUGAAGAAAAAACAGGUGCCUCUUCUGAGGUGAAGGCCAAGAAGAGGCCUCGUGACGCAGAGGAAGAUCGAGUUUCUGAGAAGGCCAAGAGGGAUCCUGAAGAAAAAACAGGUGCCUCUUCUGAGGUGAAGGCCAAGAAGAGGCCUCGUGACGCAGAGGAAGAUCGAGUUUCUAAGAAGGCCAAGAGGGAUCCUGAAGAAAAAACAGGUGCCUCUUCAGAGGUGAAGGCCAAGAAGAGGCCUCGUGACGCAGAGGAAGAUCGAGUUUCUAAGAAGGCCAAGAGGGAUCCUGAAGAAAAAACAGGUGCCUCUUCAGAGGUGAAGGCCAAGAAGAGGUCUAAGAAGGCCAAGAGGGAUCCUGAAGAAAAAACAGGUGCCUCUUCUGAGGUGAAGGCCAAGAAGAGGCCUCGUGACGCAGAGGAAGAUCGAGUUUCUGAGAAGGCCAAGAGGGAUCCUGAAGAAAAAACAGGUGCCUCUUCUGAGGUGAAGGCCAAGAGGGAUCCUGAAGAAAAAACAGGUGCCUCUUCUGAGGUGAAGGCCAAGAAGAGGCCUCGUGACGCAGAGGAAGAUCGAGUUUCUGAGAAGGCCAAGAGGAUCCUGAAGAAAAAACAAGCCUCUUCGCCCAAGAAGAGUAGGGAUCCUGAAGAAAAAACAUGCCUCUUCUGA